AAAGAUACUUUUACAAUAAAAUUAUCCACCGUAAACGGAUAACGUUCUUUCCAUUAAAAAUCACGUUUCUUACUCCCUUAUCAGAAACUUGUCUCGUUAUUAUUAAAGAUAAGGUUAUCUCUGUUGUCCGGUAAGAUUUUCAGUGCGCUAGAAAGGGAUAGACUUUUUAAAGUUUUUAGGUGUGGUUGGGAAAAAUGUUGCCGUGCGUGCGGCCGCGAUCAGUGCUCGGCGGUCCAGCGGGCGCGCGGGCGUGCGAUCGAUACCGCGCGGCACCGCACUAGCACAAACGAAUACCGAACGCUGCGAAUCCCGGGACGCUACGUAGUGAUGUGUGUGAUGUGAACGGUUGUUAUCGAUAGACCGGUGAUCGUGACAAACAUGAUGACUAUGGACGUCGGAAUGUACAACAACCAGCAGAACGGUUACAGCGCUGAGUACUACCAGCAGGGCGCCGCUUACCAGCCUCCUUACGAGGGCUACCACGAGGGCUACUACGAGCCUCCCACGCACUAUUACGAGCCGCUGAUCCACGGACAGCCGACACACGAACCGCCAGCGCCAGUCAUAAGCACAGACACGGGGUUGUGUUACACAAACUUGGACUAUGGGGAGCUUCAGCAAAACUAUCCGUUACACACGUUGCCUGCUCACGCAGAACCUUUUAAGCAUAGAGACGACGUACCUAGACAUGAAGAAAUGCAUAUGCAUGAGCAUAAGUUGGACAAUCAUUAUUUGGAGACGAAAUAUAAUAUGCAUUUUGUGGAUGAGUCGACGAUGCAGUAUAACCACGCUGGUUCGCCGCUACCGUGCGCGGAGUUUGAGCACUACCAGCCUAAGGAGGAGUUCUCUGGGUUGCGGGACGGGUUCCCCCGCGAGGAGUGCGGAGGUGGUCACCACCUGCCAUCUGGUCACCAAACCCACCCACAACAUGCCGCGGUGCCAACGUACAAAUGGAUGCAGGUGAAGAGGAAUGUGCCUAAACCAGCGGCACCGAAACUGAUGAUCCCACCACCGGACUUCGUGAACCAAGGCGUGCUGGGCAGCCCGCAGGACGGCAUGCGGACCCCCACCAGCGCUCAGAUGCUCGCCAACCCACUCCUCAACCUCAACAACACCGGGAGAACCAACUUCACCAACAAACAACUCACGGAGCUAGAGAAGGAAUUCCACUUCAACAAAUACCUCACUAGAGCACGUAGAAUAGAAAUCGCCUCAGCCCUCCAACUGAAUGAGACCCAGGUUAAAAUAUGGUUUCAAAAUCGACGGAUGAAGCAGAAGAAGCGCAUCAAGGAAGGUCUCAUUGUGCCCACAGACGCACCGGCCACGUCCACGACCAAUACGAUCGGCUCCAGUGAAAAUAGUAGGGAAUCCAGCUAGAUUUGAAUGUUAUAGUGGACUAAGGAAGUGUUUCGGCCUAUUUAAGUGACUGAAAAUUGUGUAGCUCGUAAAGUUAUAAGUUUAAAGUAACAUGUAAGUUCCCAAGGCAAGAGUACGAACCAGAAAGAAGAUGUACCGAGGACUUUAAUAGAACUCAUAAUUCAACAACAAACUUGAACAAGUCAUAAUCUAUGCAGAUUCCAUAGAAUAAGAAAUAAAUAAUACUCCGCUCCCCACCAGGGGCUAGGUUUACCUCCCCCCCCCCUCGAUCUUAUUUUAUGACGUCAGACGUCACGCAAACAGGUGCGCGUGUACGAUAACGUCAAUGUGUAGUGUCUGUACGAGGUGUUCUGUAUAAAGAGUCCGGGGUGAGCAGGAACUACGAUACUAGCGCCGCCAUGGUCCCGGGACUUUUUUCGAGGACUCUCGGAUCCGCCGGAGGCCCGCUGCGGCUCUAACGCGGACUCUGCGUCCGAACGUGAAACCUUUAAUUUCAUGUUACUGAUUAUCAGGUAUCUACUAGAAGAUACUUCGUAUUAUUUUUGUUCAAUGUGGUAAUUUCUAGAGUUCGGUAGCUGAAUGCAGAGUUUUUCUGCAAAAUGCUAAAAAAAUUCUUACUUAUCACAUAUACGUAUUGGUUAUAGCCUCCUCCUUUUUUGACGUCUCUUAUACCUACUUGGUCUUUGUCUCUUAUAGUACCUAGAUUUGCAUCAUACGGCAGUCACCACUUAGCCGAACCAAUGAAGUGCGCUGAGGGCGCUCAUUCGGUAGGUAGUAUUUCUUAGGGUGCAUACCUCGGCCUUGAGACUUUUCUAGAAGGAUUGCUUAGACGGCCUAAAGUAUAUAAAGUACGUACUAAAUAAAAGAAAUGACUCACGCCAAACGCAUUGGAAAGUCUUAAGUUACAAACAUUUCUACAGGGUUAAUGAGUCAUCCAAUGCCUCACACCCCAAAUGAGAGAAUAACAUUUUAUAUAAUUACAAUGGCCCCGAUUCCUGCAGACACCGCCUAAUUUUAUUUUAAGUUAUAUCCGUCAUUUUCAUAUCCGUCGAAAAGGAAAUGGACGGAUGAUUCACAGCUCUUAAUUUUAGGAAGAAUGAGUAAAUGAAUGAAUAACCCGGCCGAAUCAAAAGGUACGUCGCUGGUAUGCAAUCCGUUUGACGUGCUGUCUACUUAACUGUGUCGGGUUUAGAUUUGUGCUUAAAAUUGACGUGUGUUGCAUAAAUUUUAUGCUUGUCGAUUACCCGUCCCUUUCCUUUUCGGCGGAUAAGAAAAUGACAGAUAUAACUUAAAAUAAAAUUAGAUGGUAUUUACAGGAAUUAGCACCAUUAUAUUAACAGAUUUGCGUUAUCUAUUUCAGUCGUCUCUGGCUCGUUGAGGAAUGGGUAUUUAGUUCAUCUUACGAUGGAUGUAUCUCCGACUACCCACACAUAACCAUUGGAAUAUAGCAGUCGUGAGUUUAUGUUGUGUUACUUCAGUCUCUUAUCUAUCUCCUAAACGGAUUAAAACAUUUCUUAAUAAAAUUAAUAGCUGCAUGUAAAUACCUACUUAAAAAUAAAUUAAGAUGUACCUAUUAAGUAUUUUAAGUGUGGCAACUUGUAAAUGUGUAUAAAAUUAACAUAAUAAUUUAAAUAAAUAGAAGGAGAUAGAUUAUCAUAUAUCAGUAGGUAAUGUUAGAGAUCCUAGGUAAUAGAUAAAUAUCUAGGAGAUACUAACAUAACGAACCUAGACAAAUCGAAAAUGUGUCAACUAAGUUCUCUUAAUUUUAAGAAUAAAAUAAGGACAGGCGCUUACUUUUCUAUUUCGUGUUGAUUUUUUUUUUAAAAGUCGUUAAUUUUUAGGUUAAUGAAUUACUCAAUAAAUAAAAUUUUUUAGACCAUCGCCUAAAAAUAAAAUAACAAAUAAAUAAAUACUGAAAAGCAAUUUAAGUAAAUCUGUUUUUAUUUACUAAAUUAUCAUAUUUUCUUAUAAUUCUUAUGUUUCCAGUAAUUUUUUUUUUGUAACUUUAACCCUCAUCAUAAAACAGGCGUAUAAAACCUAGGGCUAGGUAGGUUAUUAUUAUAAUUAUAUUUAUAACUUAUUUUCUCCGUGUAUACUUUAAAUCCUAUAUUUUGUGACCAAAGCUCAUUUUCUCUUACAUAACUUAUUAAUGCUUCAACUCUGUAAUUACGCUGUACAGAAUAAUAUGUGUAAGGAUAUAAAGAUGUAUAUAGAAAGUGUGUAAGUCGGUGUGUGUGUACAUUGUUAAGUUGUAGUAAUUACUACUGUAUCAUUUAAUUAAUUAUAUAUAUUUUCAUGGUUGA